UACCUCCACUAAAAUGGGUUUAAUAUACGAUGAAAUCUUUCGUGAUACGUAUCAGUUGACUGACGGUGGUACACCACAAAGUUCCUUAAUGAAAUGUUUAUUCGUAUUGUUACUUCGUAGCGGUUUUAUAUUAAUUCAAGCAUCAUGCGUCCCUGUCCAAAAUAUAUACAUAAUACUUAUGAAGAACUUUAUGGACAUGGCUGCAGCCCUUUUAUCUUAUAGCCUUAUCGGAUUUACAUUGUCUAAUGGACACAAGGUUCUUAACGGGUUCGUGGGAUUCGGAAAAUGGAUUGAGGGCGACAUCCUUUACCUCCCUGAUGCGAUUCAAGGAUAUUUGGCAGUACUAAUCGGUACGGGGAUAAUAAGCGCUAGCCUGUCGGGCCGUAUGCACGUUGCCACUCUAAUAAUCAACUGUAUAGCAUAUUCGUCAAUUUUACAACCAAUAGUGAUGUACUGGACGUGGAGUGGUGAUGGACUCUUCUUCGCGACCGAAGUACAACGCAUAACUUACGGCAUGCGUGACUACGGUGGUCUGAUCGCCGUGCACCUACCAGCCUCUAUUGUGAGUUUGAUGGGUAUAUUCUUUUUGGGGAGGAGGGUGAUGAUAUUGCGCAGCAUGGAUCCCCUGUCCAUUGGGCUGGAGUCCACCGGCAGAGCAAUCAUUGGAUAUACAUUUAUUAUUUUAGGAACAAUAGCAUUUGAGUUGCCCUCUUUCAAAACGAUCAACCCCCUUUUUGAAUGCGAGUUAACCAGCCUCAUAGUGGUGAACAAUCUUAUUGCUGUUGCAACGUCUAUUACAGUUGUGACAAUAUGCCAUGUUAUGGUGUAUCAUCGGCAAAUAUUCAGCUAUUGGAUAUUUGUGCGAACACUACAAAGUGCUUAUGCUGGAGUCGUAACAAUUUCGGGUGGAGUGGACGUAUUUUCGCCGUUCAUUUCGUUUUUCAUUACAAUUUUGUCGUCGUUGUUGUUUUUCGCAGUUGCUUUUGGUCUUCAUAUGACAGCUUUUGAGGAUAAUUGUAACGUUGCAGCUAUUCACUUCAUGUGUGGCUUCUUCGGCAACAUUUGCACCGGAAUGGUCAAAGCCAGUCGGUAUGGUUGGAACAUAGGGGUACAUACAAGUGGUUGGUACCAACUUUCGGUUUGGUUUUGUGCAUUCCUAUUUAUAACCAUUUCAACGGCCAUACUCUAUGUCAUAAUCUCCUGUACCCGAAUCCUAAGCGGAGAAGUAGAGUCCCACAAUCAUUUGAUGGCCGAAAAUAUAAAAAAAUCACUGAAAAGAAAGUACUACAGAAGACUUUUUAGUAUUACACACAGGAGACGGUAUUUCGAACCAGCCACUAUUUUGAGAUUAAUGCAGUACAAUUCCCCUUUUAAACCCACGGCUAAUCCAGAGGAGGAACGCUUCAUGAUGAAAUCGUUCUCAUUGUGGGACCCGUGCAGAAAACCGGAAAGGGCGAAUUUACUGUUGCUCGGCGAAGGCAGUUCCGAAAAGGAUUUAGGGGACGGCAAAACAAAUACCUCCACUAAAAUGGGUUUAGAAUACGAUGUACUCUUUAAUGAUACGUAUCAGUUGACUGAUGGUGGUACACCACAAAGUUCAUUAAUGAAAUGUUUAUUUGUAUUGUUACUCCGUAGCGGUUUUAUAUUAAUUCAAGCGUCUUGCGUCCCCGUCCAAAAUAUAUAUAUAAUACUGAUGAAGAAUUUCAUAGACAUGGCUGCAGCUAUUUUAUCUUACACUUACAUCGGAUUUACAGUGUCCAACGGAUUCAAGGUUAUUCGAGGAUUUAUGAGUUACGGAAAGUGGAUUGAGGGCGACAUCCUCCUCCUUCAAGAUGCGAUACAAGGAUUUAUGUCAGUAUUAAUGGGUACUGGGAUAAUAAGCGCUAGUCUGUCGGGUCGUAUGCACGUUGCCACUGUGAUAAUCAACUCCAUAGUGUAUUCAUCAAUUUUACAACCAAUAUUGUUGUCCUGGACGUGGAGUGGUGAUGGUCUCUUCUAUGGGGUCCAAGUUCAGGGUGUAACAUACGGCAUCCGUGAUUAUGGUGGUCUGGUCGCCGUACAUCUAUCAGCAGCUAUUGUGAGUUUGAUGGGUAUAUUCUUUUUGGGAAGGAGGGUGAUGAUAUUGCGCAGCAUGGAUCCCUUGUCCAUUGGACUGGAGUCCACCGGAAGGGCAAUCAUUGGAUAUACAUUUAUUAUUUUAGGAACAAUAGCAUUUGAGUUGCCCGCUUUCAGAACGAUCAACCCCCUUUUUGAAAGUGAAAUAGCCAGCCUCAUAGUGGUGAACAAUCUUAUUGCCAUUGGGACGUCUAUUUUCGUUGUAACAAUAUGCCAUGUUAUGGUGUACCAUCGGCAAAUAUUCAGCUACUGGGUGUUCGUGCGAACAUUACAAAGUGCUUAUGCUGGAGUCGUAACAAUUUCGGGUGGAGUGGACGUAUUUUCACCGUUGUCUUCGUUCGUCAUCACAAUUUUAUCGUCGUUGUUGUUUUUCGCAGUUGCUUUUGGUCUUCAUAUGACAGCUUUUGAGGAUAAUUGUAACGUUGCAGCUAUUCACUUCAAUUGUGCCUUUUUCGGCAACCUUUGUACAGGAAUGUUCAAAACGACUCGGUAUGCUUGGAACUUAGGAGUACAUACAGGUACUUGGUACCAACUUAUGGUUUGGAUUUGUGCCUUCUUUUUUACAACUAUUUUAAUGACGAUAGUCUAUGUCAUAAUAUCCUGUACCCAUAUCUUAAGUGGAGAAGUAGAGUCUCACAAUCAUUUGAUGGCCGAAAACAUAAAAAAGUCACAGAAAAAAAAAUUUUACAGAAGACUUUUUGGUAUUAAACAGAGGAGACGGUAUUUCGAACCAGCCACUAUUUUGAGAUUAAUGCAGUACAAUUCACCUUUUAAACCUAUGAGCAAUCAAGAGGAGGAACGCUUUAUGUGAAUUACCUUAUUAUAAUUCAUAAUGCACGAUUAUACAGUUGUUAUAUUUUUAGAAACAUUCAAUAAAUGUUAAAAUUAAA